AUGCCGAAAGUUACUGUUGUCGGUGCUGGCAUUGUAGGCUUGACUGCCGCAAGCCUUUUGCCUAAAACAUGCGAUGUGACAGUGGUAGCUCGGAAUCUGCCUGGAGAUGAAUUGACUCACGAAUGGGCCAGUCCAUGGGCUGGAGCAGUCUUCCUGGGACUAGACGGAUCGUCCCCUCGUGAACAGGAGAUGCAAAUCAAUUCCUUUGCCUUCUGGUGGCAGAUUGCCAAGACUCAUCCUGAGUCGAGCGUCAGGGACGAGACUCCGCUCGAGAAGGUGUGGUAUCGCGGCCUGAUGCCGGAGUUUCGUGUCAUGGAGCCACAUGAGCUGCCUAAGGGUUCCAAACUUGGAAUGAGCUAUAAGACUGUGGUAAUAACGCCAGGUGUCUUCCUCCCCUGGCUUCGUCAACGACUGGAAAAAUCCGGUGUCAAAUUUAUCCGCAAAACUCUCACAUCUCUCGCAGACCUUAAGAACUCAGGCUACGACAUCCUCAUCAAUGCUACCGCCCUAGGCGCACGACACCUGGCUGACGUGGCAGACAAGCACAUGGUGCAGGUCCGCGGACAGACCGUCCUGGCCAGGACCGGCUAUAACAAGAUCUUCAUGCGCCAUGGAAAGGACUACACGUACGUAAUUCCGAGAUUAGACGGCACGGCAAUUUUAGGUGGCAUCAAGCAGUACGGACAAGCAGAUCCUGAACUCGAUGAUAAUAUUACGAAAGACAUUCUGCGCCGAGUGCACGAGAACUUGCCGGAGUACUUCCCUGACCCAAAGCCAUCUGGCUUCGACGUCAUCCAGUACAACGUGGGAAUUCGUCCUGAUAGGCCAAGGGGCGUACGAGUAGAGAAGGAGGUCAAAGACGGAGAGAAGAUUGUCCAUGCCUACGGUACCGGUGGUGGCGGCUACGUCUUCAGCUGGGGUGUGGCCAAGGAAGUGAGCAAGCUAGUAGAUGACUUUUUAUUCAGCGGUGUCAUGUCUAAGCUAUAG